AUGAUUGGUACGUACUUGGUCCAUUAGAAUAGAGAAUCAACAUCAAAAUCACCGACGAUCUUUUGCGAGGAUGAUGGUAAACAAGAAAUCGAUCCCAAAUUCCGUAGCAGAUCGAGGAGUGAAAAAUCUUUGGAUUGGCACCAGCCACAUCACCAUUCGUCUAUCACCACAGCAGCUUGYAUUCUUCCAUGGACACCUUGGCGGAGCAAAGGACAUUMAUCUCUCAGCAACACUGACGAGUGGCUACGAUACCGAUAGAUAUUGCAAAUGAGGAACCAGUACUCCUCCGCAAUUCUUUUUCUUCUCGGGACCCUCGGGAGGUCCGGAAGUCAUGCGUUCCCAGCGCCUUCUGUCGCCCGGKUUCCAACCUCCGGGAGGCCKGCCGUGCCUCAGAACUGCACGCGGUGUACCGGCGGAGCAUUUGCGGAGAGCGACAGCGAUCCCGCGGCCCGGGCUCCCCAAAACCCCGACGCAGUCCCCUCGGCGAGGAAGCUCCUCCCCAAACUSCGGAAAGYAGCUUCCGUCCUCCUGCCGGUCCUCGCCGCCGCCGUCACCCUGUCCACCCGACCCGUCCACGCCGCAUCGUCCGCCUCCGGGCCGAGAAAGCUGGGGUUCUGGAACGUGUGGUCGGCCACCGCGCUCCUCGUUUCCAUCGGUGCCCUCCCCCUCUCGAUGUCGGGUCUGGGGUCCCUUUCGAGGAGCCUCCUGGCCAGCGCCUGCCGCUGCGCGGUGCAGGUCUCGCUCCUCGGGAGCAUCGUUCUGCAGCGAAUGAUGGGGGUGGAACACCCGGCMCUCGUCGCGGCCUGGGUCCUCGGUGUGGGGCUCGUCACCGGGGCGACCUGYCUCUCCCGGAUCCAGUACGACUACCCCGGGAUGAACCGCAACAUGUACGGUUCCAUCGUUGCGGGGGGACUGACGGUGCUGGGCCUCACGAUGUCCCUGCAGCUCUUUGGAGCCGUCCAGCCGUGGUUCAAUCCCCAGACGUGGAUCCCGAUCGCGGGCAUGCUGUUCGGGAACACGCUGAACGCGGCCGCCCUGGGCGGGGCCUCGAUCACCAAGCAAUUCGCUACCCGGUCGGACUCCGUGGAACUCCGGCUCGCGAGGGGGGCGACCGUAUCGGAAGCCAUCCGGCCGCUCGUGGAGGAAAGCUACGGGACCGCGCUGAUGCCCACGAUCAACAGCCUCGCGGCCACCGGGAUCAUCCACAUCCCGGGAAUGAUGUCGGGGCAGAUUCUUGCGGGGCAGUCCCCGCAGCAGGCGGCCCUGUACCAAAUCGUCAUUAGCUUUCUGAUCGGCACUACCGCUCUUCUGACGGUCCGGCUCGUCAUCAAUUCCUCGGUUGGAGCCAUGGUMGAUGCGAGGGAACGAAGGUUGCGCGUGGGUGUGCUGGAGCCAAAGAAAAAUGGAAGGACCACGCUGGCCUCCCUGAAAUCAAUUGCUUCCCUAGCGAGAUGGAAGGCGCACGCGCAACCAYCAACCGACGGCUCGCCGCCACSGACUGCAUCGUGCAAGAAGGUAUCCCCCACYAGAUUGAGCUCYGCCACAAACCGACGCAACGACAACAAGGCACCGRUUUUGGCAAUACAGGAUCUGGARGUGGUGAGAGCAAAUGUCGAGAUUGAUUUGGUUCUCCGGCCCGGCGACAGGGUUGCCAUCAGCGGAAAGUCGGGGAUCGGGAAGAGCCAGAUCCUGAGAACGAUCGUUGGGUUGGAAAAAGGAGGCAAAGGAGAAAACAGCAUCKCGUUGCUYGGAAACCCAUUGGUACCGAGCGACCUGCCAGAGUUUCGGAGCAGGGUGUCCCUGGUUCCCCAAAUGAAUCCCGUUCUCGAGGGCACGCCRAACCAGUUCUACGACGAGAUCGUCCGKUGCCAGAGCCAGCAGCGGCGCAGGAGUUCCGGCGAUCCGGUCGCAAGGCCCAGCRACAUUGCCAGCGCUUGGGGCCUCGAAGCYGGGGCCUUUGAUCGGCCGUGGAGAACGCUUUCCGGGGGGGAAUCGCAGCGGGCCGCGCUGGCGAUUGCWCUGGCGCUGGAGCCCGACGUGCUGCUGCUGGACGAGAGCACGGGCGCGCUSGACGAGGCAACRUCSAGGMUGGUGGAACGAACGCUGAGGAAGAGCAACAUCCCGAUGUUGGUGGUAACCCAUUCCGAGGCCCAGCUCGGGAGAUUUUGCACCCAUCGGUUGGACCUGCAGUAAGCGAGACCGGCAYUCUUUUUCGUAGGUAAACAUGCACCAAUAUGCGAUAAAGAAGAAGCAAUUCAACUUUCAUGCCUUGUUCUAUAACUAUCUUUGCAAUGAUUUGGUAUCCAAAACAAAAAUUGCAUAAUGUAGUACUAGAAAUAUCUGGCAUGUACCCUAUGUAUUCCUUUCUCCCCAUAUCCCAUAUCACUACGUUCGUACGAGUACUCCUACUCGUACGUACCGGUACGAACCUUUUCAUCUCUCGGACGAAUUGGAUUUGGUCGGUUUAGUCGAAUUAGCGCUUCGAGAGACACACGACUGGUUUUCUUGUUGUGACGUGUUAAUUCAACUUUUCAUUCUUGCUUUCAAGUUUGAGAGUGAAAGUCAGAACUCUUGUCGACAAACUCGUAGUAUUGUACUUCGUAUUGCAGUAACCCGUACGAGUAGUGCUAUACUAGAGUCCAAUACAUUACUCUAACGGCU